AUGGCACAUUACAAAGGAGCAGCUAAGGAAGCAGGCCGAGCCAUGAAUUUAAUGAAGAAACGUCAAAAAGAACAGGAGGAAUUAGAAAUCAGGAAGAAAAAAAUUGAAGAUGAAUUGAAAGUUGGGGCCAUCAGCAACAAAUUUGCCGUGCACUACGACGCUGUUGAGAACAAACUCAAAUCAGAUACUAUCGGUUUGGUGACAUUGAAUGAGAUGAAAGCCAAACAAGAAGAUGUGGUGAAGGAGAGGGAAAGACAAAUCGUUGUGGGCACAAUUAAUUCAAAUUCAGCAAAAAUUCAAUUACAAAAUAAACAGAAAGAUAAAAUUCGGGGUGCUGGGAAAGCUGAUGAAAACACACCAUCUUUCAAUGACCAAAAAAUAAAAACCGAAAAGCGAAAGUCGUCAGAAAACGAAUCAAGUUCAGAUGUUGAUGUGGUUAAAAGGUUGAAGAUGGUGAAAUGUCCCUAUGUCGAUACGAGUUUUCUACCUGACAGGGAGAGAGAAAAGAGAGAGGCCAGACUGAGAGAGCAGUUAACAGAGGAGUGGACAGAGAAGCAGAAGAGGAUAAAGAACGAGGACAUUGAGAUAACGUACAGUUACUGGGAUGGGUCCGGCCACAGACGACAGGUUCUCAUGAAGAAAGGCAGCACAAUUCAACAGUUUCUACAAAAAUGUCUCGAACAGCUGAGGAAAGAAUUCAACGAGUUGAAAACGUCAUCCGUCGAUCGACUGAUGUACGUCAAGGAAGAUCUCAUCAUUGCUCAUCACUUCUCAUUCUAUGACUUCAUUGUUACGAAGGCCAGGGGGAAGAGUGGUCCACUGUUCAGUUUCGAUGUGCACAACGACGUUCGCAUGGUGAGUGACGCGACGGUCGAGAAAGACGAAUCACACGCCGGCAAGGUCUGCCUUCGAAGUUGGUACGAGAAGAACAAGCACAUAUUUCCCGCAAGCAGGUGGGAGCCCUAUGAUCCGGAGAAAAAAUGGGAUAAAUACACCGUAUCUGAUAAAGAAUCGGCUAAAAUUAUUGUUAAAUAG